GCUGAUGCUGAGGGAGGAGGAGGGGGAGGGGGGGAGGAAGAGCGGACGCCUUUGUGGUGUUGACGUUUCUAUUUUUACGCCAGCUCGGAGCGGGCCAACAUUCGGCGGAUCGUCAAGGCAGGAUCAGGAUGCUGCACGGCGUCCGCCGGUUGUGAAUCCGAUACCGAGGGGGUGGGGGGGGGGUCGAAUAAGGUGACGACUAUUCGCGGAAUGUUGCGGUUUUUCGGGACACGCGAGCGGCGUGCAGGGGAGCGCGCGUGACGGGCAACCAACGACUGUUGCGUCGCUUUGCCGUCUUCUUCGUGCACACGAUCGGGGCCAUCUUUUAGCAUCAGUGCCUGCCUGGCUGGCUGCUUUUUUAAAAAAAAAAAAAAAAAUGAUUUAUGGACUCCACUCCAUCUCAUGACAUCCGAUACAAGCUGCUCAUAAAAAGCAACUCAUAUCUUUGUUGGAGCCUGGACUCGUCCUGACAAACGUCCUUCAGUCAUCACAAGAAUCCUCGCAGUGGCGUCGUUGCUGUUUUUGCACUUUUGCUGGAGGAAAUAUUCCGACCGAUGCCGCUCGCUUUCGAGACUGUCGGACGACUUGUAAGUGAAGAAGAUCUUCGCUACCUGUGUUGCGAUUACUAAAAAGAAGCGUGAGCGUCUCUCGAUGAGGCUCACGUGGAGCGCCAUGCUGCAGCACAACAACAACAACAACUACCCGUGCCUGAAGGCGGCCCACCGCCGGGCGCCCCUCGAGUGCCCCUCGGCCUCCCGGGUGCUCCCCAGCAGGCCGGAGUUGAGCCUCGGGGACCUGCCGCUCAUCCGGGGCCUGCGGGCCUGGGCGCUGUGCACCAAGAACCGUCAGAAGGGCGACGGACGAGCGCCGGUGACACCGCCCGCCAGUCGGAGGACGUCCUGUCCCAGACUGGCGGAUGUGCACCUGACUGGGCCGUGGGGUUCGGGGUACGGCCUUCCUCAGGCCGGGGCCGGCGCCCUGGCGACGGUGGCCACUCUGAAGACAUCCGAAGGCAACGGGAAGACGCAGACUCAGUGCCUCUUUUUGCGGAACGAAAAAGGAAGUUGCUCUUACGCCACAUCUGGCGGCACAAGGCGGGCUGGAGGGUGGCUCAGAGGGAAGUCAGGUACAAGUACUGAGCGGCAAGACAUUGUUUCUGCUCUCCAAACACAGACAGCGGCGAGUCGAGUUCGAGUGCGGAGAUGGAGGAAGUCGGGUCACCCGCUCGACCGAGAGAAAGGGUGUCCUGACGAGGAAGUCGCAGAGAAGCAGGAAGAAGCAAAUCUUCGUUGCCUCGCCAAUCCCGAAGGGAAGACCUGUCGGAAACACGGAGGACCAAGGGGGACUCCUGGAAGGUUUCAGAAUUCGUCCACAGAGGAAAGUCCAAGGAAGACCAGUCAUGCGGCCAGCCAACACAACAACAAAUCUGAUGAGGAAGUCACAGUGAAACACGAAGAGCUAGACAAAGUGUGUCCAGACCGCCUCAGCAGUCGCAAAAGGGAUGCCUGUAAGAAAAGCCGGGGACCAGGGGGGAGCCCUGUUCUCCAUCAGAUACCUUCCAAGGAGCAAAGUCAGAGGAAGUCCAGUCACGUGGCUGACCAAAGCGAAAGACUUCCCGAGGACAAAGUUUCAGAGAAACAGGAAGAGGCAGACAAAGGUGAGCAGAAGCGCCUUGCUAGUCCCGACGAGGGAGCCUGUCAGAAAAGCCGAGGACUGGGUGGAAGUCCUAGAUUCCUUCAGAAUUCUUCAGACGGGGAAUGUCUGAGGAAGUCAAGUCACGUGGCCACUCCAGACAAAAGACUUCCUAGUGAGGAAGUCCCCGAGAAACAGGAAGAUUUAGACAAAGCCAGUUCGGAGCGUCUUGCCAUUCCCAAAGCGGUAGUCUGUCAGGAAAGCCGAGGACCGCGGAGGAGGCUUGGAUGCCUUCAGAACGCUUCCGAUGAGGACAGUCCAAGCAGAGAAGGCACUCUGAGUGGAAUCAAGUUGGGGUGGGAACAGAAUCCAGAGAAGGACGAGAAGGGAAACAAACUCUGCCAGAGUGAUCCCUCGAUUUCAGUGGGGCCCAACCCGGACCUGGAAUGUUCUCACUCCCACUCGGAACGUGAGGAUGGAAAAGACUCCGUAAACAUGAAAAAGAAACUGGAUGAGGAAGAGAGCACUAUCCAGAUAACGUUUGAUAACGCCACAACCGCGAGAUCCCACCAGGCCUCCCACGCUCCAGGGGGCAGCACUUGCCAAGCCGAAGGUGAGCCGUACCAGGUUGGGCGAGCGCCUGGAAACAGCGGUGUGGAACCGGAGCCAAAGCGGGACCGCGAGCUGGAGCACAAUGAGACAAACACAAUGAGGGAAUCGUUUUUUUCUUUUUCUUCAAGACAAACUUUUAACCUGGAAUCUGUGGAGGGGAAAGGAGCAGAGUCGGUCCCAAAUGAGUCUGUAGGUGGAUGUGCGCUAACUUCCGCUGGUCCCCGCCUUCAUAAUCCCACCCCCUCCCCGCCCCCGCUGGGCACCAUGGCGACCAGUCAGACCCACGCCGAGGCAGAAGGAGGAGAAGAAGAAAAAGGAGGCCAAGACGGGACAGCGCUGGAAAGCCGGGACGGGAAAAACCACGAAGAGGAAGAUGACUUUGGAGGGUUCGUCCAAGCAGAGGGCGGAGGAGAGUGCGGCCAGGGCGGCGCCGUUUCCGACCCGCUGCCUUGCGGGACCUCGGCGGCGCCGGGGAGCAGCGAGGUCUCCGGGGAGUCCAGUGACUGGAGGCCCACGUGGACGGGAAGCCCGGACGGCUGGACGGCCUUCGGUCAGAACGGCCGGGACCGGAGUCGGGACGCGACAGGACGCUGGUGGACGCACGAUGACGGGCUCGACCGCCGACUGGAGGGUCUCUUUGCCGCGGCUUUCCCGUCGCCCCCGACCUCGGCGCCCCGUCUUCCUGCCGACGUCAUUCCCACUUUGACGCAGCUCCUCGAAAGCGGCGGUCAGGAGCAGCGGCUGCCGGACGGCUUUGGCGGCGUCCCGCCGUACAAAGACGGCGGCGGGGUGGCCCGAGGUCUCCUGCUGAGCUCGCUCCAGGUGGAGCGGCGCAACGCCGUGAGUGGACCCUUCGUUCUCAAAGCACGUUCACGCAGCGCUUCUUUUUUUUCUACGUUUUGUUCUGUUCCAGCCUCAAUUAUUGUUGUUUUCCCCCUCAAAAUUCUAUUUUGCAGAUGCAUUCGUUCAAUACGGACGUCGGUCGUUUUGAAGCGGACGUAUCGCGCUCGCGACGCGCACCGACUGCGGCGCGACCUGGCCGCGUUUUGCGGGCCUUUCCGAACCGGGUCCAAUGAAAGCAACCCACCGCAUUUGGACGCCGAUGACGAGCCGUCGUCCCGUCGUCAAACAUCUCAGUGGAAACGCGACGCACCUCGGCUGCUUUUACAGUUGCUCGGCAAAUUCCGGAAUUUCCGGCCUACAAGCCGCGACUUUUUUCACACGCUUUCAACCCUGCGGUUUAUGUGGUGUUAGCGUUAGCGCGGCGCUAGCACACCUGGUUAUAAGCCUUCGGUUUAUGUGGCGCUAGUGUUAGCGCCGCGCUAGCGUUAAACUCUUUCUGCGUACCGAAGUUUAUAACCAGGUGCGCUUUGUAGGCCAGGAAUUACGAUACUUGCUCAAUAGGUUUUUUUUUUUUGUUUUUGUUUAUGUUAUUCAAAUAAGGACGCGCAAAUAUUAAAAAAAAUACGCUUUAACGUUGUCAUCGUGAGGAAAUGUGCGUCGCGUUUUGAGGGGGGGAAAUGAAUUCAGUCCAUUUGAACCAAAAGAAAAUGUGGAAAAAGUGAAGCGAUGUUGAAGUGAUCCAUCUCAGUUCCCCCGGCUAGGUUUAGCCUGGGUUGUUCAGGGAAGUUACGGAGCGACUGCACCGCAUGCGUAUGUUUUUGUUGUGCUCAGUCGUAAGCCUUUUUUUUUUUUUAAAAGGAUUAUCGUUGAAGACCAGUUUGAGGUGACGUGUAUGACUGUUUUGGGAUCGUAGUUUACGAAAGAGUUAUGGUUUAUGGGUGUCAAACUCAUUUUUCUCGCGGGCCACAUUGUUAUUCCGGUUUCCCUCAAAUGGCCGUUAUGACUGUAGAGCAAAAAUAUCUAAUCAUUAUCAUUUUUACAUCAUCAAUUUAUGAACUAGUUUUGGAAUCAGAAAUCAAGGGUCAUGUGUUUUUUCAACCAUUCAUGUUUGGGCACACAAAAAUGCUUUUUAAUAUCUCGACUUUAUCAUUCAUGAUAUAUGACAAUUUGAAAUUUUGGUACAGUUUUUGAAAAGAAUCACAGAAAUUGACAUUCUAGAUGUGGCCACAUAAAAUCACGUGGCGGGCCAGAUCUGGGCCCCCGGGCCUUGAGUUUGACACCCGUCAUCCAAGCAAUUAAAACAUCUUUGUGAGGUGUCAAAUAAAAGCAAAAUUUCUCUAUUAUCUUAAUAUGAAAUAUUGUACGAUGUAUAAUGAAGUGGGUAAUCCAAUGGUGUCAAUACUUCAUUUUGACUUCGGUUUGUUUCGUUCUCCUUUACAGGGAAACGGCGGCGGCGCCGCCACCCGGUCGGCCAAUCGCCGGCCCUCCCCCGGCCCGCACUCGCCCAAUCGGCGCCCCCGCGACGCGACGGCCGAGCGGCGGCGGUCGUGCGACGGCGGCGCCAAGUGACGGCAGCGUUUGUUGUUGUUUUUUUUUUUUUUUUAACCCCGUGAUGUCACAGACUCCCGUAGUACUUUGAUUCAUUUUUGGAAUUCGACACAGUCGACGAUGGCUGUCGGGACUUUAAAAAAUGAGAAAGUGGAUUUUUUGGGAAAAGGGGCGCUCGGGGAGACCGCAAAACUUUUGAGACGCAAUACAAUAGGAUUUUUUUCGCCACAUGUCGGACAGCCAGCGCUCGCCAGAUAUUCCUGCACCUUUCAUCUUUUUCAUUUUGUGUUUUUGCGGCGCUGGACUACGAUGAAGUUUUACGAAAUACGGGCAGAUUGUUGUUACGUGUAGGACACAGACAGAAAUUCCUGCUGCUCCUUUGUCGUUACUGUCUUCCCAUGAAAUGGUUUUUUUUUUUUUUUUUAAUCUUUCGCCACAACAUAGUUUUUCGUUUUUUUUUAAAACUGUGAAUUACAAAUUUCCCAUAACCCGGACACCGGAUUAAAUAUGGGAAAUUGUUGUCACUUGUAGGUCAAAGCCACCACCACUUGCUCCAAAUUUCUGAAGUUCCCUCCGUGCUGCUCGAUCCUUCUUGUCGUUUAUUUGUCUUUUUGUCAAACUGGAAUAAGAUUAAGUUUUAUUUUGCACAGCUCACAAUAUUUAAAAUAUGUCUCGAAAAAAUACGGCAGAUUGUUGUCUCGUGUAGGACAGAGCCAGAAAUUCCCGAGAGCUCUUUCAUCUUUUCAGCAUGUGGAUUAUUUUAAACGCAAACAUCAAGUGCCAUUUUUUUGUUUUGGAAAAAAGACUGCAAUACGAGCGUCCCUGCGACCAAUCGCGGUGGGGGGGGGGGGGAUUGCUGUCACAUGGUCGGAUGUGGCCACCACUUGUCAGCUAUUCCUGCAGGUCCUUUAAUGUUAGCGCAGGUCACUUUUAGUUUUUCCAACGGCUUACUUUCUGUUUUAUUUACACUGGAAUACAAUCAAGUUUUCAUUUCCGCUUGUUUGCCGUUUCUCCGAUCACGGGCAGAUUGUUGUCACACGCAAGACACGUUCUGAAAUUCCUGCCAUCUUGGUUUUUUUUUUUGUUUUUUUUUUUUUUUUUCCAGAUCUUUACCGGAAGUAGCUUUUGAAAAAUGUGAAGUAUCAUUUUAUGUUUUUGAAAAACACGGGGAGGUAACAUUUGCCUUUUUCCAGACAACAUUGAAUGCCGGAGAUUGUUGUCACGUAUAGAAAAUCCACAAACUUGCAAAGCUUUUCCUUUUCCUGCCUUUUCUCUUGUUUUACUUUGUUUGCAACUGUCACGGUGAGGUUUGAGGACACUACGACGGCGAGGCAAAGACCCAAGUCCAGGAAUCACAAAAACUGAUAUUCAUCCAUCCAUCCAUCCAUCAAUUUUCUUAGCCACUUAU